AUGGGUACCGUACUUCAAAAAAGAGCUGCAAGAAAUACACAAAAGAAUACUAGACGAGUAGCUGAUAGGCAUAGAAAGAGAUGUACCAUCUAUGGUAGUUCAAUUAUUAAAGCUAAUUGGGACAAAAGAUUAACAGUGAAGCAAAACUAUGAAAAACUUGGUUUAGCUACCAAUAUAAAUGGUGAAAGUGGUGGUGCAGAAAAGAAAUAUCCUAAGAAACAACAAACAGAAGAACCUGAUAACAAUGAACCAGUAAAAGAACUUAGCGAAUUAACAGAGGAAGAAGUUGCAGAACUUAAAAAGAAAUUAGGGCCAGGAGAGGGUUUAAUUCAACGUGAUGAUGAAGGUAAUGUUGUACGUAUUAUUGUUGGUGAGGCCAUGACACACGAUGAAAUCUUGGAUCAAGAAUUUGCACCUGUUGAGGCUAAAACAGAUGUCGUUCGACAAUUGGAAGAACAAGCUUCUAAAGUAUAUCAUCGUGAAAGAAACUUAUCAGAAUUUGAAGCAGAUAGAAUUAAGAAACUUAUUGAUAAGCAUGGCGAUGAUUAUAAAGCUAUGUUUUGGGAUAAAGAACUUAAUGAAUAUCAACACACUGUAAAUCAAUUAAAAAAGAAAUGCCAGCAAUAUCUUAAAGAGUAUAGUCAAUAA